AUGUCUCCACCGCAAUGGCCAACCAUCAUCAGGCAGUCCGGGCGUGUCAAGGUCUCCACAGACGGAGACGGCACUCUGUUCGAGCUUAUCAACGCUGACAAUGGAGCCAGCGCAAACACACCAAAAGCCGAGGUCGUCCUCGACUAUGGCCAGUGCGAGGGUGGCACGCCCGUGUUCAAGAUCAAUUCCGCCUCAGGCGCCGAGCCCGAGAUCCUCUUUCGCGUCGUAUAUAGCGAGACCUACGAGGGCAUCUCCAAGGACACAGGAGACGGCCCCUUCUUCCUCUUCUCCUCCGCCAUGGACUCAUACAGAACCGUGUCGCACACCGUCCGCCCCUCUCCAGUUCUCCAAGAAGUCAAGGCCCGCUUCGCCCAGCGCUCCCAGCGCUACCAACGCAUCACCCUCGAGACCGCCAACGCAUCCCUCGCUUUUUCAGGCAUCGGUUUCGAGCUGGCCCGCCCCCGCCUUCCCCGCAAAGCUCCUUCUCGUGCUCCGACGAGACGCUGA